AACAAAGUGAGACUCUGUCUCAAAAAAAAAAAAAAAUUAAAUAAUAUCUUCAAUAUCUACGUUUUAUCACAUUACUCCUCUACUCAGAAACCUUGAAUGGCUUCUCAGAGUAAAAACAUCUACACUCACCCUCAGUAUCCCUCUGUCUACUCUCAGCACUCUUGCUCACUCAGCUGCAGCCACACCAGCAUCUUUCCUGUGCCCAGAAUACUUCAAACAUGCUCAACUCCAGGCCUUUGCAUUUGCUAUCUCCCUCUCCCUGAAACAUCUUUACUAAAUUGUCAAUUUGCUAGUGAGGUCCUCUGUGAGCAUCCUAUUUAAAUUGCAUCACUGCAUUCUCACCCCAAACUUCCUUUUUUUUUUUUUUUUCUCCUUAGCACUAACAUACAACAUCAAAUACAGUAUAUAUUUUUCUGGUUUUUUGCUUGUCUUCCCACCUCACACACAUAUACUAGAUUAUAAAUUCCAUGAACACAAGGGCAUUGUUUGCUUAAAACUGUAGUUCCAACUUCCAGAAUAGUACCUGGGAUAGAAGUUAAGCAAUGAAGAUUUGUGGAAGGAAGGGAGAAAAAAACUAAGACAGCAUUUUCUACCCAUUGGCAAAGAUCAAUAUAUUUUAUAACAUUGUUCACAGUAAUUUAUUGCAGCGGUGGGGAAAAAACUGGAAACAAACUCAUGACCAUCAAUGGGGGUAGUUAUUAAAAACUAUGGCACAUAGGCACAAUUGAAUACUGUGCCAGUUUUAAAAAAUAGAGCAAGAUCAAGGAACCCUCUUGUGUACCCAUCUCCAAGAUUAAUUGGUAAAAGAAAAAAUAAGCAAGGUACAGAAGUGCUACAAUUUGUGUAGCAGGACAAAAGCAAGGGUAAUAUAUACCUGUAAUAUAUCUACGGAAAGAUACAUCAUGUCACAAAAAACAUUGUCAAAUCACAUGCUGGGGGACAUUGUUCUUUUUAAUAAAUUUAUGUGAAUGCAUUACUUAUCCAUAUUACUUAAUAAUUAAACCGAAAAAAAAUCUUCAGUACGAAAAAACGUUUUUUUAAAAAACGUUAAGAAGACAUGUUCCAAAUGCCUGCAAUUCCAGCAACGUAAGGCACAGAAACCGGGUCCUCCACUAGGGCUGGGUAGGCAAGCCUCACUACUGCCACCGAGGUGGAGCUUCCUAGAGCGGCCCGGAAGCGCCCGGCUGCCAGUGGCCAGGCGUCGAUUGGUCUGAGUCUAUCUAGCCUUUGUUCGAGGCUGCCCGAAGGACACUAGCUGUCGCACCUGUUCCCUUCUGUGUGUAAGACAGAGGAAUAAUCUCCUGAUAAAGCCUAGAAUGUCCACAGCCCUGGAACCUGAGAAACAAAAAGGACUUCUGAUAGUUAAGGCAGAGGAACACUACUGGGGACAGGAUUCCAUCUCACAAAAGUACAGUCCUCAUAAGAGGGAACUCUUCAGGCAGCACUUCAGGAAGCUCUGCUAUCAGGAUGCACCUGGACCCCGUGAAGCUCUUACCCAGCUCUGGGAGCUUUGCUGUCAGUGGCUGAGGCCAGAAUACCAUACCAAGGAGCAGAUUUUAGACCUGCUGGUGCUAGAACAGUUCCUGAGCAUUCUUCCUAAGGACCUGCAAGCAUGGGUGCAGGCACACCAACCAGAGACUGGAGAGGAGGCGGUGACUGUACUGGAAGAUCUGGAGAGAGAACUUGAUGAACCUGGAAAGCAGGUCCCAGCCUAUUCAGAAAGACAGGACAUACUCUUGGCCUCCUUGGGAAGGUCAUAUGAGUCACUGACUGUCCAGCUCCAUCCCAAGAAGAACCAGCUGGAGCAGGAAUCUGGGAAGUCACAACAGAAGGGCUUUUUGCUUCUCAAACCUAGAAUAGGACCUGUUUGUAUACUGUUUGUUACUAGGUGAUAAAACCAGGACUAAGAAUGAAGAGCUGUCCCAGAAGGAAGAUGUUCCCAAAGAUAUGGAAUUCCUUGGGGAGAUAAAUGACAGACUCAAUGACGAUAUCCCUCAGCAUCUUGAAACCAAAGAUGUUGCUGAAAAUGAGGGCAGAUUUGAAUGGCAACAGAGGGAAAGAAGACAAUAUAAAUGCGAUGAAUGUGGAAAAAGUUUCAGUCACAGCUCAGACCUUAGUAAACACAGGAGAACUCACACUGGAGAGAAGCCCUACAAAUGUGAUGAGUGUGGAAAAGCCUUCAUUCAACGCUCACAUCUCACUGGACAUCAUAGAGUACACACUGGAGUAAAACCUUAUAAAUGUAAACAAUGUGGGAAAGAUUUCAGUGGGCGCACAGGUCUUAUUCAGCAUCAGAGAAUCCACACAGGUGAAAAACCCUAUGAGUGUAAUGAGUGUGGAAGGCCCUUCAGAGUAAGUUCAGCUCUUAUUAGACAUCAAAGAAUUCAUACAGCAAAUAAACUCUACUGAGGAAGUAUUAAUAACAAAAUUUCUUUAGAUGCUCAGGCCUACCUAGUUAUACUCUACCUUAGAGACUUUAUGAUUUCCUGAAUGUGGGCAAAGCAUCAAUCAUCAUUAAAAACUUCUCUGUCUAGUCAAAGUUCAUGUAGGUAAAAAAAAUUAAUUUAAUUUAAUAAUAAAAAUUUAAAAAAAAACUUCUCUGUCACCAAAGAAUCUAUCUGAGUAAAAUAUCUUUUUAUUUCCAAUUAGUUCAGUUUUUGGGGAGGAAUCAAGAGUUAUUUCAGAAAGCCUUGUUUACUGACAGCACUGCCCACUUGCAGUCCAAGAUCAAUGUUUCCUAGGUGAAAGACAGUGAAUUCUACCUCCGGCUCCUUUUUACUUGAACAUUCAGUGUAUAAUUUAGACAAGACCUUCAAAUUUUGUCUGCCUUCACUUCUCCUUCCAUAAAUUGCAGAUGAUAAUAGAGACCCAUCAAGUAUGUUCUGACAAGUUAAAACACAUGAAAACUACUUUUGAAAUUAAGAACUAAAAUAACACUAAUUUAUUUGUUUUCCAUCAUGACUGACAUAAUGGCCUAAAUAUUUAUCCUUUUUGUGUGUGAUCUUAAAAGUAGGGGGUGUGAUCAUUUUGUGGAAAUUUUUUGUUUGCCAAUCAUAAAGAAGAACAUAUAAGAAAAGACAGGAGGCUGGCUAGGCAUGGUGGCUUAUGCCUCUAAUCCCAGCACUUUGGGAGGCCAAAGUGGGAGGAUU